AUGGAAUUUCAGACGCAUAUCUUAAUUUUCUUUGUUCUCCUUUCUUGUUUUCUAUCAUCUUCCCUUGCCUACAAAUUCUAUGUAGGCGGAAGAGAUGGGUGGGUCUUGUAUCCCUCUGAGAGCUAUAGCCAGUGGGCUGAGAGAAACAGGUUCCAAGUCAAUGAUACUCUCGUCUUUAUGUAUAAGAAAUGGACGAACUCUAUGCUUGUUGUAAACAAAGAUGAUUACUAUAACUGCAACACAAAGAACCCCAUCAAGAAAUUGGAGGAAGGUGAUUCUAAGUUCCAGUUUGAUAGGUCUGGGCCAUUCUUUUUCAUCACUAGGAAGGACCAAAGCUGUGAGAAAGGACAUAAACUUAUCGUUAUUGUUUUAGUUAUAUCAUAUGAAUUGUCACAUUGCUUGGACAUUUGA